AACAAUCCCUCCAAAACGCACAACAAACCCUAGAUUUCAAAAACAGAAAACAGAAAAGAAGAAGGUCCUUGUUCUGCAAUGGCUCGCACAAAGCAAACUGCCCGCAAGUCCACCGGCGGCAAGGCCCCGCGCAAGCAGCUCGCUACCAAGGCGGCCAGGAAGUCGGCCCCGGCCACCGGCGGCGUGAAGAAGCCCCACCGUUUCAGGCCGGGGACGGUGGCGCUGAGGGAGAUUAGGAAGUACCAGAAGAGCACGGAGCUUCUGAUCAGGAAGCUCCCGUUCCAGAGGCUGGUGCGGGAGAUCGCGCAGGACUUCAAGACCGACCUGCGGUUCCAGAGCUCGGCCGUGGCUGCGCUCCAGGAGGCCGCGGAGGCGUACCUGGUGGGGCUGUUUGAGGACACCAAUCUGUGUGCCAUUCACGCCAAGAGGGUGACUAUUAUGCCUAAGGACAUUCAGCUCGCUCGCCGCAUUAGGGGCGAGCGUGCUUAGGGGUUUGGUUUACUUGGCUCUGUAUGGUUGUUUUAGGGUUUAGUUUCUCCUAUGUAUGUUUGGUUUUGAAGUUGGCUCUCAUGUUCAGUUACUGUGAAAAUGUCUAUGGAAUGAAAAGUGAAGUGUUUUGUUGUUGAUUGGCCA